CUUUUUUUUCAUUCAGAGGCCCAUUAGCGUAUUUUUUUCUUUCUUUUGUUAAUCGUUUAUUUACAUUCUGUUGUUCAAAUGGACGCCAAGGUUACCAAAGUAUCCAAAGCACCAUCAGAUUCUAAACAAACUACGCCUCUUCCAAGCUGUUCAUCAGAGAGUCAACCCCCUUUAUCAAGACCAGAAACGCCUAAAGCAAAACCAAUCAAUAUUCCUGGAACGAUGAACAAGAAGAGAAGACUCUCUGAUUGUUUAUAUGAUGACGACUUACAACUACAAAAACGUAAAGUAAAUCGACCUCUGUUUAUUGUCGGAAGUUUUGAAGAAGAUAAACCACCUGUGCCUUGGCCUCCUAUGUUUGAGUCUAUUUGUCUUAACCCUAGCCUUAACUGGGAAGAACAAGAAGGUGAUGCCUUUUCAGAUAGGUAUACGUCUGAUCUGAUCUUUUAUAUGGAUGACAGUGAUGACGCUAGCAGCUGUGGCGAUGAGUUGAUUGAGUUUUAUUGAAUAGCAUUAUUAAUUGAUUACAUAUACAUAUUUAUACCUAAUACAGCAUUUUUACAUAUCUUAUAUAUAUCAUAAAUAAACAACUUUCUUUGUGUGCAU